AUGCACCGUAGGCUCACUGUGGAAACGAGCUAUAGCAGUGAGGGCGAACCCUUAGCCGAAAAUGGAGAAAUGCGACAUCUGAAGCCACCAGUUUCCAACCCAAAGGCCGCGGAAUUUCCAGAUCCAGAAUUGUCUCCGUUCGCAAACCAAGAUGUACUUACUGGAAACGCUGGUGGACCAGCUGUUGACUUGGAAAUCGUUGAGAAAUACCCAACCAUAUGUGUAGUAUGUGGCGUGGACUUCAAGGUGCGUUCCAAUCUGCAUGCCCAUCUGACUGCUCAUGAACACUUGAUGGGGAAAUUAGAUAACUACCUCAAACUUCCCAUUUACGAAUGCAAACAUUGUGUGGCUGAAGUGAAUGCUUCAACAGUUCUCCGCCAUCGCUGUUUUAUGAAACAUAAGGAGGACAUUGAAAAGGUUGAGAAACAAAUGGAUCAAGUUGGUAGUCCCCUUGUAUGCGUAUUCUGUCGAGGUCGAGUUCUGCCUUCAAGAUCACAUCUGAUCGCCCACCUCAUAUCAACCCAUUCGCCACAUAGGAACCCUUUCCGCUGUAUAUUCUGCCACACGAAAUUCAGGUCCGAUAGUCUUCUGAUGCAAGAAAUGCACGUCUUUGACCACCAUGUUCCGGAACUUGAAUUUAUAAAUCGACUAGCCUACUUCAAGGCCGUCAAAACAAUGCAAGGUGGCAACGUCGAUGCCACAACGCCAUUUUUAUGUUUGUACGAUGGUCGGAAACUGGAACUAUCGAGGUGGUGGCAAACGCUCAGGGCCACGAUGAAGACCGUUACCGAGAGCGGCACCCAGGUCACUGGAAAGACUGAGGUGCCACGUGAAAUGCCCCCUGUCACAGGAUUCUGUAGCCAAACCUUUAAUACCCUCGCCGAGUUCACGGCUCACCUCUACUGCCAACACACUUUUGUAGCCCAGGGACUUGACGCAGAGGACGUUUUGACUGAUCAGGAGUUGAAGAAGCUGGAUAAGGUCUUGAAGAGGAUCCCAGGACCCACACUUCGACAGAUGAUGAAUGGCCCACCGUCAGGCGACUCGGCAGCUGCAGGGCACAGGGGAUCGAAAAGUAGAAAGGCAUCCAAAAUGAUCAUUGGGAAGUCUACCUGCAAAGUUUGCCUUCAGACCUACGAGGAUGAGAGUGUCCUCAAGGACCACUGGGCAACUUAUCACAUACCGGAAAAUAAAAAGCGUGUUCAGCACCUGAUAGCAACCGGAGAACUGACUGGAAUCCUGAAAAUCGAUAAUCUCUGUACAGAGUGCUUCAAUAUGUUUCCUACCGUCUACCAACUUCAGGUAAGAGCAAAUACUGUUUAAUUAUUACUCCUAGUCCUGA